AUGUACGGGGGUCCUCUGUGCGACUACUCACGUUCCAGCGAUUUCACCAACUACCAGGCCCUUCUCGGUAUCGUAGUUGACGAGCAUGACGACCAGCUUACUGGGCUGUGGUCAGGGUGUGGAGGUACCAGUCAGGUUGAUGAUUCUACUGCCACCCAAGAAGAACGCGCUGAGCCGACGACGAGUUCACCUGUCAAGACGCUUGCGGCGACCGUCAAACUAGAGACCCCUCGAGCGCAAACCAAGGCUCCAACGAGCAACCCUCCAACGACGAUUCCGGAGUCCCCUAAUCCGAAGAAGAGGGCCGUCGCCAACGCAGACCUCCCCGAAUCUCCAAAACGACACAAGAAAGAGCAGGCGAAAGAAGGUCACGCAGACGCACCCACACACAAAGACGAACAAGAAGGUACUGGCCUUGUCAUCCAGCACGGCGAUGAGGUCGACGUUCGAUACGUUCUUUCGGUUCAGAACCAAGACGGGACGUAUACUAUCAGACGCGAGGCCAUAACCCUUACUACGGUGAAGAUCGGUGACGAAGCAGCGCUUUUCGGAGUUAGCCGUUACUUGGAAGGUAUGAGGGGAGGAGGUGUGCGAAAACUCUUCAUUCCCUCGGGUGUGCUAGAGACGAAAGGCAAACGAUCUCGGAAAGUUUGGAUGCUGAAGGUCAGGGCAUCAACGGCGGUCCAGCGUACCAUAUCGCACUUAUUCUCAUCUCGUUGA